CCUGGGAGGCCAGGGGACUGCGAGCGGGGCCUGCGGAGCAGAGAGUGCAGAAGCAAGAGCAUCAGGUUGGCCGGCUGACAGCUCCAAGUGGGACCAGAAGACAUUCCCAACUCAGGGAGACGGAGCUGUUGCUCACUUGCUGUACAAAAUGAUAUUCCUCACGGCGCUGCCUCUGUUUUGGAUCAUGAUUUCAGCCUCUCGCGGGGGUCACUGGGGGGCCUGGAUGCCCUCGUCUAUCUCGGCCUUCGAGGGCACGUGUGUCUCCAUCCCCUGCCGCUUCGACUUCCCCGACGAGCUGCGGCCGGCCGUUGUGCACGGCGUCUGGUACUUCAAUAGCCCCUACCCGAAAAACUACCCGCCAGUGGUCUUCAAGUCACGCACCCAAGUCGUCCACGAGAGCUUCCAGGGCCGCAGCCGCCUCCUGGGGGACCUGGGCCUGCGCAACUGCACCCUCUUGCUCAGCAACCUCAGCCCCGAGCUGGGCGGCAAGUACUACUUCCGCGGGGACCUGGGGGGCUACAACCAGUACACCUUCUCCGAGCACAGCGUCCUGGACAUCAUCAACACCCCCAACAUCAUGGUCCCCCCAGAGGUGGUGGCAGGCACAGAAGUGGAGGUCAGCUGCACGGUGCCUGACAACUGCCCCGAGCUGCACCCAGAGCUGAGCUGGCGGGGCCACGAGGGGCUCGGGGAGCCGGCUGUGCUGGGGCGGCUCCGCGAGGACGAGGGCACCUGGGUGCAGGUGUCGCUGCUGCACUUCGUGCCCACCAGGGAGGCCAACGGCUACCGGCUGGGCUGCCAGGCCUCCUUCCCCAACACCACUCUGCAGUUCGAGGGCUACGCCAGCCUGGACGUCAAGUACCCCCCGGUGAUUGUGGAGAUGAACUCCUCGGUGGAGGCCAUUGAGGGCUCCCACGUCAGCCUGCUCUGUGGGGCCGACAGCAACCCGCCGCCGCUGCUGACCUGGAUGCGGGACGGCACGGUGCUCCGGGAGGCGGUGACCGAGAGCCUGUCCCUGGAGCUGGACGAGGUGACGCCCGCGGAGGACGGCGUCUACGCCUGCCUGGCCGAGAACGCUUACGGCCAGGACAACCGCACCGUGGGGCUCAGCGUCAUGUAUGCACCCUGGAAGCCGACGGUGAACGGGACAGUGGUGGCCGUGGAGGGGGAGACAGUCUCCAUCUUGUGCUCCACACAGAGCAACCCGGAUCCUAUCCUUACCAUCUUCAAGGAGAAGCAGAUUCUGGCCACGGUCAUCUAUGAGAGCGAGCUGCAGCUGGAGCUCCCUGCCGUCAUGCCUGAGGAUGAUGGAGAGUACUGGUGCGUGGCCGAGAACCAGUACGGUCAGAGGGCCACCGCCUUCAACCUAUCCGUGGAGUUUGCCCCCGUGAUCCUCCUGGAGUCCCACUGUGCGGCGGCCCGUGACACGGUGCAGUGCCUGUGCGUGGUAAAAGCCAACCCAGAGCCGUCCGUGGCCUUCGAGCUGCCCUCGCGUAACGUGACCGUGAAUGAGACGGAGCGCGAGUUCGUGUACUCGGAGCGCAACGGCCUCCUGCUCACCAGUAUCCUCACGCUGCGGGGCCAGGCCCAGGCCCCACCCCGGGUCACCUGCUCCUCCCACAACCUCUAUGGCACCAAGAGCCUGGAGCUGCCCUUCCAGGGAACCCAUCGCCUGAUGUGGGCCAAGAUCGGGCCUGUGGGAGCAGUGGUUGCUUUUGCCAUCCUAAUUGCCAUCGUCUGCUACAUCACCCAGACGCGCAGAAAAAAGAACGUGACAGAGAGCCCCAGCUUCUCAGCGGGGGACGACCCCCCCGUCCUGUUCAGCAGUGACUUCCGCAUCUCUGGGGUGCCGGAGAAAUAUGAGAGUGAGAGGCGCCUGGGAUCUGAGAGGAGGCUGCUGGGCCUUCGGGGGGAACCCCCAGAGCUGGACCUGAGCUAUUCUCACUCGGACCUGGGGAAACGACCCACCAAGGACAGCUACACCCUGACGGAGGAGCUAGCCGAGUAUGCUGAAAUCCGCGUCAAGUGAGGGAGCCGGGGGCAGCCCAGAUGGCCACCACCCCUUCAGGACCCUCACUGGCCCCCACUGGCUGUGGGCUCCCUUCCUCCCCAAAGUAGCGGGGGCUGGGGCAGGAAAGGGACGGGGCAGGUGACAGCGAGGUCCUGGGGGCCUGGCCUCCCCCUCCUUCCCAGCUGCCCCCGCCCUGCCAGCACCCCAGCUCCGCAUUGUGGCUCCCCUGUAACCUCCUUUAACCUCAUCUGUCUGGAGGGGAGCACGUCUGUCCGUGUUAUUUAUUGCUACCCCUUCCUGGUCUCUUGUCCCCAUACCUGGCCCCAGGGCCUGUCUGGAGGGACAUGAAAUAAAUGCCCUGAAGCCAAA